AUGUCCAUUAUUCUCUUCUCUUCUAGCGGCAAGCUUUUCUCCUUUGGACACCCUUCUGUGGGUGCAGUUUUAGACAGGUUUGAGCAUCCAAAGACGGCUUGUACUGCUGGUUCUCAACAGUCUCAAACUAAUGGAGACCAAACCCUAGUUGAACUGAACAAACAAUAUGUAGAUGUGCUCGAGCAACUGAAAGCAGCAAAGAAACGGGCAAAAGAGCUACAGCAUCUCAUUCUCACACAUGUUAUACCUUCGGAAAUCCAAAACCUUAGCAUGGAGCAGCUAAUGGUAUUCAAGGAGGCGCUGACAGAUCUCAAGGAAAAGGUGGACAAGAGAAGGAUGGAGCUCAUGGCAUCAGACGCUUCACGUUCAACUCCUUGCCCUAAAGCUAUUGAUGCCUCUGUCUCUGUCAUUAGCCAAACUGAUGAUAAACAUUGUAAUCCUCGUGAAGCAAAAGUUGGUGAGGAGUAA